AGAUAAGAAUAUCCGCCUGUGUAGUAGAAUAUUUACCUUGUACUUAUGGACAAGCACAACAAUAAAAUUAAGGCAUUUUCUUAUCUUUAGUACCUCCACUUUAUAACUGACACAGGUCAAUCAUCAAUGCCCUUGUUGGAGCUACCAUCAAUGGAGUCCAAACUAAAACAACUACACCUCUUUAUACUCCUCUUAUUACUCACCAAUUGCUUAUCAUCAUUAGCAAUAACUCUUGAAUCUUCCUUUCCUGAAGAAGCACUCCCAACAAAAUCAGGCUACCUAAUAGUUAACACAACAACUAAUUCAUCAAUUUUUUACACUUUUUAUGAAGCUCAAAAACCAAGAACCAAUCUUUAUGAAACCCCAAUUCUCAUUUGGCUUCAAGGUGGUCCUGGUUGUUCAUCCAUGCUUGGAAACUUCUAUGAAUUAGGUCCUUUUCGCGUUUCGUUUUCUCUCAGGCAUAACGUCGAACACCUUACGCUCGAACAAAAUCCAGGGUCCUGGAAUCGUGUUUUCGGGCUCCUUUUUCUUGAUAAUCCAAUUGGAACUGGAUUUAGUAUUGCUACAAGUCCAGAUGAGAUACCAAGAAACCAACAUGAUGUUGCUAGACAUCUUUUUACUGCUGUAACCAAAUUUAUCGCGUUGGAUCGUCUGUUUGAAAAUCGACCUAUUUAUCUCACUGGUGAAAGUUAUGCUGGAAAAUAUGUGCCAUCAUUUGGUUACUAUACACUGAAAAAGAACGAGGGGUUGCCUAAAUCGAGACGAUUAAAUUUAGCUGGGAUUGCUAUUGGUAAUGGACUAACUGACCCUGAAACUCAAGUGGGAACUCAUGCUUUAAGUGCUUAUUAUUCAGGGUUGAUUAAUGAAAAGCAAAAGGUGAAAUUGGAAAUGCUUCAAAAGGAAGCAAUUCAACUUACUAGAAAUGGAAAUUGGAGCGAGGCAACAAGUGCUAGAUCAAAGGUGUUGGGGACGUUGAGUAAUAUGACAGGGCUUGCGACUUUAUAUGAUUUUAGGAGGCUAAAGACUUAUGAAGAUGAAUUGGUUGCUAAGUUUUUAAGCAAUGUAGAGAUUAAGAGGGCUCUAAAAGCGAGAGAAUCGAUAGCUUUCGACGUGUGCAGUGAUUUGGUAGGCAAAGUGUUGCACGAGGACGUGAUGAAAAGUGUGAGGUACAUGGUGGAGUUCUUGGUUAGGAAUACUAAGGUGUUGUUAUACCAGGGGCAGUGUGAUUUGAGAGAUGGAGUGGUGUCAACCGAGGCAUGGAUGAAGAAGAUGAAGUGGGACGGAAUUGGAAAGUUUUUGGAGGCGGAGCGGAAUGUUUGGAGAGUGAACGGCGAGCUUGCUGGAUAUAUGCAGAAGUGGGAGAAUUUGACCCAUGUUGUGAUAAUGAACGCAGGACAUCUUGUGCCUACCGAUCAAGCAGUGAAUUCUCAGGCGAUGAUUGAAGAUUGGGUAUUGGAAAAAGGAUUGGUCUCCACGGGUCAGAUUAAGCAAAAGCCAAGCAAUAUUGGUAAAUCGCUUUGAGUUGCUUUUUGGCAUGUGCUACUCUGUUGUUGUAGUUGUGCUAUGGCUUCCUACAAAUUUGAGUUUUAUCCUUGUUGUAUCAGUUCCUUACACGAAGUUUGAAAUGUCUUAAAUAGAAAUAAAAGGCAAAACCUUCUGAUAA